AUGCUUGAGGAUCUCCCGACCGAGCUCCUGGAGGAUAUUGCCGAGUGGUUACCACCGCUUGCUAUUCGAUCCCUCAGCCACGUCUCCUCAAAGCUUUACCGUGCUCUAGUCCCUCGGAUUUACCGUGUGGUCAAGUUUCGUGCUGCGAGUGAAUGGGCCUUAAAUGUGCUUAACAUCGAUAAGUUCUUCAUCCAACACUCCAAAAGUACCGGUCACCUUCUACACACCCGCCACUUGAAAAUUGACGCCCCGAUCCAUCUUACUCGGUUCAACCGCUGUGCGGCAUUCAACAUCUUCCGGGCGGUUGGGUUGGCCGCGGAUCCUUUCUCGAGCAUUGGAACUCCUGACAAUGCGAAGGCCCAUCAGCAGUUCUUGGGGGAUAUUGGGGAUCAGGUUGGCUUGGCCUUUGGACACCUCAGUCCUGGUCUCCUUCGAUCAUUCACGUGGCGCCUGGGUACCUGCCUACCAGCCGGCGUGUUGGAUAAGGAGGGAUACCUGAUCCGGUAUCAGGCAAAUCUUGUCCACCUUUCGUUGGUCACAGACGGCUCCUGCUCUCACGCUGCGGGCCAUUUAGGUGGUCUGUGCCGACUGUCCUCCCUGGAGGCCAUCGAAUGGGAAGGUAUACAGCAUUCGAGUGAGAUUGAGCUACUGCAAAAAUGCAUCCGUCGAAAUCAAAGGCGAUUGAAAACUCUUUCAAUUGGCUUCAGCGCAUCGGCUGGUAGACCAGAUUUCUCCCAUCGAGUACUUGGGCAGCAAGGGUCCACGCUCGCGACCACAACAGCCAUGGUGGGCCCUAUCCCCACAAUUUUGCCCUCUCUCACAGACCUGGUGCUUUCCAAGGCAUAUCUGCAGAGAAGCCCGCAACCGACCGCUUUGUCAACUUUUGCUGGGUUAAGAUCCUUGAAGUUGCGUGACUGUGUAAACUCCUGCGAGUUUUUGGGAGCGCUGUCGCGCUUGCAGAAUAAACUUCAAUUGCGGCUAUUUGAGCUCUGCUUCGACAAUCUCCCAGUUGACCCGAACAAGGCAAAUUUGGAACCGGUUAUUGCCUUUUUACUUUCCUUCCAAGGCUUACAACAUCUCUAUUUGAAACUUUCCAACUUUUCACAUACCCACCAAAUCGGAGAUGUGAUCCGACAUCACAGUCGCACCCUGGAGACCCUUGUGUUUCACGAGAAGCAACUCGCUCCGAUCGAUAAUGAGAGACUGUGGUGGGAUACUCGAGACUUCUGUUCAUCAUGGCUAUUCGAUGGAGCCGAGCUGAGGCAUCUCGAUCGACUUUCUGCCUUGGCCCUGUGCGCAAACACAUCUUUCGUGCGAGAGAGCCUUGAGCCGGGCUCGCAAGCUUCCCAUCUCCAAGUGCUUCAUAUUAGACUUACAGGCGUAGACCAUCUCCAUCGAGACAUUCAAUCGGAAAUCAUCUCGCAGAUUUGGACCGAAGAUGACGCGGGCAGGGAAUGCCCGUGCGGUUGCUGGAGCGAGUUGACGAGACGAACGUCUCAUCCUGAUUGUGAUUUUGACUUUGCGACUCUCUGGGAAGAACAAUCUGUCGAGCCUUCAGGAUCGGAGGCCUUCUGCAGUGAGUCAGCUGAGAUCAAAGAAGUUUUGAACUUUGCGGACUGGGCUUUCGGCCCAAAUGGGUUACCCGGGCUAGAGAUUCUAGCAUUCGGAGACUUUUCUUACGAGGAGCGAUACCAGAAGCAGCGGUUUCUGGCGCGCCGGAAACGCUCGAUCCGUUUCCUUCCUAAUCACUGCCCCGAGACCCGUAAACAUUACGGCUGGAAUUUUUGCAUUGGUGAUAUAGACGAUGCAUCUCUUUGGAGCAAUGUUGGUUGGAACGGUAGUAAAUUUCUCUCGGCCUGCCCUGAUGGCGGUCCAAUGGAGUCGCCCGACGAGUGGUGA